GUUUAACUUAAAGAAAGGAGUAUGGGCUCCCACUAUUACAUUUAAAAAAAUCCACUAAAUACGAUAAAAAGAGGCGCAAUCGAAGACCCACGACGUCAAUACUCUAAUUUUUCCACUACGGAUGCUUCGUCACACCGCCCGCGAACCUCACACGAAACUCUACCUCCCACCAUUAUUCUUCCCUUAUAUAUAUAUUCGCCUCACUCUUUCUAUUCCACUCAAAUUCUUCUUAUCCCUUCUCUGAAUUUUCGAUUUUCUCAACACCCCUUUCAGGGUCUUUCCAAACAGAGACUAAUUUCUAUCAUGGCUUCUCCUGACGAAGCUUCAACUUUAGAGCUUAUUAGGCAACACCUCCUCACUGACUUCGCUUCCAUGGAUAACUUCAAUCUUGAUGCUUCCAUCUUCUUUAAAACUGAAUCCCAAGAAUUUGAUUGUUUGAUUCCACAGCAACCACACAAGAUGGAAUUCAAUAAGCCUCAGCUGGUUCAAAACUCCAACAAUACACUCAGAUCUUCUACUCUGAGCCAGAGGAAACCAGCCAUGAGUAACAUAUCAAUACCCCCUCCAGCAACCUUGAAGGCUAUCCCACCGCAGAAGCCGGUAGCGGUAUCAGUAGCUGCAACUGAUCAUUCUAGUGGAGAAAAGCAUUACAGAGGAGUCCGGCGUAGGCCGUGGGGGAAAUAUGCAGCGGAGAUUCGAGAUCCUAAUAAGAAAGGAGCUCGUGUAUGGCUCGGGACAUUUGAUACCGCCAUAGAAGCUGCAAAAGCUUAUGAUAAUGCUGCCUUUAGAUUGCGUGGAAGCAAGGCAAUAUUGAAUUUCCCUCUUGAAGUUGGGGAUUCCGAUUCCAAUAAUACCCAGCAGGAAUCUGAAUUGACAGAUGAUAAUAGUGAGUGUAGUAAUAAUAACAAUAGUUCUUCCAAGAAAAGGAAGAUUGAGGAGACAGAUAGCUUGCAAAGCAGCAAUAAUAAGGUCAUAAAGACGGAAAAUCCUUCGCCGGAAAGGGAAGGCAAGGCAGCUCAAUCGACGGAUCCCUUAACUCCGUCGAGUUGGAAGGGGUUUUGGGAUGGGGAAGUGAUGGGGAUAUUUAGUGUGCCGCCGUUAUCACCGUUAUCCCCACACCAUUCAAUGGGAUAUUCAAGGCUCAUGGUUAUGUGAGAGAGCAGAAGGGGAGGGAUAACGGUUUGUUUGGGUAUUUACGCAUAAAAUAUGGAAAAAAAAAAAAAAAGAAAUCUGAUGGCGCUAAGAGUCUCAGAUGAUCUAGAAAUUAGGAAAUUUAGGGAUAGUAAUCAUCUGUAUGUGUUGUAUAAGUAGAGUGUUAUGGAGCAACAACCAGUAGUCGUUGGAUUUGUUGAAAAAUAUUAAGAUUGCGAGAUUGUAUUUGUUCUUUGAUUUAAUUUAUAUAAUAUUUUAUGGUGUCAA